UCAUGUGCGAUUUCUGUUGCCGGGGUCUUUUACGCCCGAACUUGUACACCGCAAGGUGUGACAUCGGGCAGCCAUGUCGAAGCGGCGCGGAGAGGAGGAGGGCAGCAAGCUCACCCGUAUCGCCGUGGUCAACAGCGACCGCUGCAAGCCCAAGCGAUGUCGCCAGGAGUGUAAGCGCUCGUGCCCCGUGGUGCGCAUGGGCAAGCUGUGUAUCGAGGUGACGCCCAACGACAAGAUCGCCACCAUCUCCGAGGAGCUGUGCAUCGGCUGCGGUAUUUGCAUCAAGAAAUGUCCGUUCGACGCCAUCAACAUCAUCAACCUGCCGAGUAACCUGGAGAAGGAGACGACGCACCGGUACUCGCAGAACUCGUUCAAGCUGCACCGGCUGCCGAUCCCGCGGCCCGGCGAGGUGCUCGGACUGGUCGGAACGAACGGCAUCGGAAAGUCCACCGCGCUCAAAAUCCUGGCCGGAAAACAGAAACCCAACCUGGGACGAUACAGCGACCCGCCGGACUGGACGGACAUCCUGACGCAUUUCCGCGGCUCGGAGCUGCAGAACUACUUCACCAAGAUCCUCGAGGACGACCUCAAGGCCAUCAUCAAGCCGCAGUACGUGGACCAGAUCCCCAAGGCGGUGCGCGGCUCGGUGCAGCAGCUGCUCGACAAGAAGGACGAGAUGCUGAACCAGGUCGAGGUCUGCAAGGCGCUGGACCUGAACAACGUGCGGGCGCGAAAUGUUGAGAACCUCUCUGGUGGAGAGCUGCAGCGGUUCGCCUGCGCCAUCGUGUGCAUCCAGCGCGCGGACAUCUUCAUGUUCGACGAGCCCUCCUCCUACCUGGACGUGCGGCAGCGUCUGCGCUGCGCCAUCACCAUCAGAAACCUGGUCGACGAGAGAAAAUAUGUGAUUGUGGUGGAGCACGAUCUGUCGGUGCUGGACUACCUCUCCGACUUCAUCUGCGUGCUGUACGGCAAGCCGGGCGUCUACGGCGUGGUGACGAUGCCCUUCUCGGUCCGCGAAGGCAUCAACAUCUUCCUGGACGGCCACGUGCCGACCGAGAACCUGCGGUUCAGGGACGAGUCACUCGUCUUCAAGGUCUCCGAGUCGGCCAUGGAAGAGGAGAUCAAGCGUAUGGCGCGCUACACAUACCCGGACAUGCGGAAAAAGAUGGGCGACUUCGAGCUGAAGGUGCACGCCGGAGACUUCACCGACUCCGAGAUCCUGGUCAUGCUGGGAGAGAACGGCACCGGCAAGACGACCUUCAUCCGGAUGAUGGCCGGUCGGUUGGCGCCUGACGAGGGAGCCGCUGAUGUGCCUCAGAUGAACAUUAGCUACAAGCCGCAGAAGAUCUCGCCGAAGUCGACGGGCACGGUGCGCCAGCUGCUGCACGAGAAGAUCCGGGACGCCUACGUACACCCGCAGUUCGUAACAGACGUGAUGAAGCCGCUGAAGAUCGAGGACAUCAUCGACCAGGAGGUGCCGAAUCUCUCCGGAGGCGAGCUGCAGCGCGUGGCCAUCGCGCUCUGCCUCGGAAAGCCGGCCGACGUGUACCUGAUCGACGAGCCGUCCGCCUACCUAGACUCGGAGCAGCGUCUGGUCGCCGCCAAGGUCAUCAAGAGAUUUAUCCUGCACGCUAAGAAGACGGGUUUCGUGGUGGAGCACGAUUUUAUCAUGGCGACGUACCUGGCGGAUCGCGUCAUUGUCUUUGAGGGCGAGCCGUCCAUCUCGACCGAAGCCAACGCACCACAGACGCUGCUGGCGGGUAUGAACAAGUUCCUGUCGCAACUGGAGAUUACCUUCCGAAGGGACCCCAACAACUACCGACCGCGGAUAAACAAGCUCAACUCCGUGAAGGACACGGAACAGAAGAAGGGAGGCAACUACUUCUUCCUGGAAGAUUAGGCGGCCGCUCCGCGCCGCCGAGGGCUGUGUUAGCGCCGGCCGGCCGGGCCGCCGCCGCCCACCCCUGCUGAGCUGGGCUGAGGAGCCCACCGCUGCCGAGCCGGGCUUCUGAAGCCCGGCCGCCGCCGGGACGGUGAGAGAGCUCUAUAUCGCCCGACGCGCGAGACAAUACAUGGGCACAGGGGA